GUCACCCGGAAGUGAAGUUAAAUGUCGAGAGAAUGCACGCGGAAUGUGUUACCAGCCGGUGAUUUUUGUGUUAUAAGAAGUCGGGUGAGAAGACUGAAGGCAACAGGGCGUACUUGGUAAACCCAUAACUUAUGUGGUAUUGCCUGCGUUUAAUUGAUGACUCGGCGGCGGCGGAAGAUUGGUGAACAUUACCGUAGGAUCGAUCGACUGGCAGGAAUGUCGCACUGAUUGAGGGGAAAAAAGUCCCAUCACGGAUUCUCCCGAGGAUACAUUCAAGAUUUUCCGUGAAAAAAGCGAAACGGACAAUUCUGAGGAAAGAAACUGACAAAAUACGUCCCAAGACGUACAGACAAGUUCUUGUGCAACCCACGCACGUGACCUGUAUGGUUAUAGCACUUUACAUUUUCAUCAGUUUAUUGGAUUUUAUUGACAUCGUCGAUGGUCGCUUAGUGUCCUGGGUUGUGGAGCCCACGUGACGUUAAUAGGAUUUCAAUAGCACGUUUAUUCUUAUUGGAUAAAACGGUGAUUAAUUCAAGAUGUCUACCGGCGACGUGAUGACGAAGCAUACGGUAGACUCCACCUUGCUUCGCGUCGUGGAGGUGAAGGUCCCAGUCUUGUCAGAAAAUGGAACAAAUGACACCUACAUAAAAAAACAGUGUCUCCAAGGUCUGUUGACCCUUGAAGCGGACAAAAUGGACGUGGAUGACUUAGAUUUCCUUAUACAAGUGCCAGUAAUGCUAGUCCUGAUACUAGGGGGCGUGUUUGGCAAUUCCUUGAUCACGUGGGUUCUAUGGAGACAACAGAGGCGCACCCUAACGGGAAUGCUUCUCAGCAUGAUGGCGCUGACUGAUAACUUUGUACUCGUGUUUUACUUCAUGCAUUUCUCUUUGCCGACUAUGUACGAAUACGGACGCGGAUUCGAGGAUUACUAUAUCUUCUACGCAAGAACGAAAAUAUAUAUCUGGUUCGGUUAUGUUGCAAGCCGGACAAUGUCGAUAUACGCCGUGGUUCUAGUUGUAGCAAAUCGGUACCUGAGUGUCGCCUGCACCAAAGCGAUCGCCUACCUCCGCAAAAUAAACUACGCCAAGCUCGGAAUGGCGUUAGUCAUAGCCCUCUCCAUCCUGGUGAACUUUCCGCAGAUUCUCCUUUUUGAAUCGGUCCCGUAUUAUGACCCCUGCGGAGAAUCCUGGAUACCGAAGAUUGAGAAAAGUAGUCUCCUGCACCGGAAGGACUUUAUCGUUGCAUAUCAGUUGAUUUUUCAUCUGAUCAUGCUUUACGCCUUCCCUGCGUGUAUUCUUGUCUUCUGCUUGCUGAAGCUGCUUCCGUAUACCAAGAGGAAGAAGUCACUUCCGCCGACAAACGUGGAAGAGACAAUCGACGGUCUCGCGGACGGAGACCCAGAGGUUGGAGCUUGUGAUACGCCAAGUGUUGAAGCACCAAAAGUAGUUCUCACUGCUGGCUGUGAAAAUCGAACAGGGAAAUUCGCUGGUUCCGCCAACAGAAACCCUGGAAAAGUGGAUUUCGAAUUGAAAGAUUUAGGUCAGAACCAUGCAACCUCGUUACAAGGAGCGGAAAUACCACUGGUGUCAAGGCCAGGCCACAAAAUUGGCGUUGGUGAAGCUUCCGGUAAGAACUCUCGCAAGCGCCCCGCGAAAAACGACUUCUGUGACGGGGAUGUUGAAUCGCCUGCGAUUGUGAAUGAACGCAUUGUGGCCGUCGUUUAUGCUUUUAUAUUUCUGCAUACGAUUGCCAUUGUUUUGCAUAUCAUUAUAACGGCAACAAGGCUGAACGGUCCGAGAAUGGGGACGGGGAAUAAAACCAGCAUGGUCUUGAGCGAGUUCCAUGAACUACUUCUGGGGUCGUUUUCCGCCAUCAAAUUUUACCUUUUCAUCUUCAUUGGGCGCCGUUAUUGGCACGCGCUUGAAAAAACUUUUAAACUUUGCACGGACUCAAGAUGCAAGUGGUGCACGGGAAGCUCUAGGGAAGACAACACGAGCUGAGCCAAUGGAAUGACAGAAGGUGGACAAUUUUCUUGUGAUCUCUGUCAUAUCAAUGAGAAUUGACUGAUCAAGGAAUCGAUAUACAUGUACAUGUACUUCCCCUCCACCAAUGAACCUAGGUCGGUAUCCUAUGUAUACUUUGGCUGGGGAUAUUUGGCUGGCCUCUCGCCGAACAAGUAUCAUUCUUGUCUUGUUUGGAGAGCAGCUUGCCGAACAGGACUGCAACCCAGGCUUUCCAAACAGGUCAAAGAUUCUAUCUUGUUUGGCGAGCUGGAGACUUCACAACAUAUUACCAUAUCAGAGAGCAGUGACGAUGCCGGCGUUUAUCUAGUAGCGCCUGCAUUGGGUCAGGUCUUGGGGUUGAGAAAGUUUUAGAUGCUGGUGUUGGUGUAAGGAGGCUUAUACCACCUCCCAACAAGAAGCUGAGGUUGAACUCCCACACCUUUCUGGACGGGAAUUUGAGAAAAAUCGAUGUUUUCAAAAUUUUAGGAACUUGCAAAUAGUUUAGAAAACAUUAUCCGACAAAACAAUGGCUUAUGACGAUAGAGUUAACAUAUUAUACUCCUUUAAAUUUCGUCGUGGUGAAAUGGUUUUGGUACGGCUCGCCUUUGUAUAUCUUUGGCAACCGUGAUAACGUUCUGUAGAAAUUGUUUAACAGUUCUUGCAACUGUUCUUGGCAAUCUAAGUGGUUCAUGUUACCAAGCCAAUCUUGGUUUACAUUUUGGUGCCAAGAACAAUUACACAUAACUAGUUUUAGCCGCCAGGCAAUACAAAUGCAUAUACUGUAUAGAAGGUUCUCGUCCCCAGCCGCCCUCAUGCAAAUUUUGGAGUACGUACGAAUAGGAAUGGGUAUUGACAAGUACUUUCAUAUAAGCUUACAUGGCGGCAUCCCUCUUCUUGAAAGUGAGACGUCUCCGCUGAUACGGAUUGAGGAGCUUUGCUAUAGAGGUUCUUCACGUGACGUUUUGACGGCCACCUGCCAAUGCAUUUCCUCAUGUGACGUCAGUGAAGAAGCUCCAUAUGGGGAGAAGAUGCCCCCCCCCCCCCCCCCCCGGGCUGCUGAAAUGGCGCGCUCGGAACAAGUUAGUGGUAAGAGGGUCAGUAGGCAGGACACGUGUAAAGGUGGCCUGAUGCACUGAAACGAGAUGAUACGGCAGUCCUGACUUGGUGAUGGAAGAUCAAUUCCUAUCUUUAAAAAACACAAAAUAUUGCUUUUGCGAAAUUAAUCACCGAAAAGGAGCGGACAAGAACCUUAUGAUACGCCUCCAUUUGCCUUCCUCAUCUGUUUUUGCAUUGGUUGCCCCUGUUAAGUCAUGUUUAAGCAACACCUGUACGUGCCGUGUCAGCUUCGUUCAUAGCAGUUCCAUUCCUGAACGAGAAAUUUAAAGGCGUGCUUUCAAAAUUUGAAAUUGAAUGUGAAAUUUUUCAAUUAUGGAAAGGCAUAUAUAUCGAACGUUAAUUUCAACAAUUGGAGGAGGAAAGGGAGUAGAGGCCCCCCCACCCCCUCCAGCUGAUUACUGCCCUGGUUGUGUGUUAUAAGUAGUUCGUGAGUCAGCCGACGAAGUUAUUUUUUCAUUCAGUCGUAACAGGGCCUUCUUUCUACAGACUUUACCGCAAAAUAAAUCCGUGGUCGUACGGGGCGAGAUCGGUCUGCAGCAUACCGGUAACAUACCAAUAAGGUCACGUACAAUAACCCGUUCCUGUUCAACGCUAUACUUUCCCGUUGAACGGCGGGAAUUGCAUUCCUGUUGAACAGCAUUUAGUUUCGAUAAACAGUAAUUUCGUUAAUUUAAUUAGUAAUUCCAUUUAUAUCUAUUUAACGCUUAUUUGACCUCUAUAUUGACCAUCUGACAGCAGCGUAGCGGAUCGAGGCUAUAUAAUGGGCCACUCGGAAGCGGGUUCAGGUGAUUUUUUUUAGGAAGUGACUACUUGGCAAGCCCGGCUUACCAAACAGCGACUUUUUCUUGUCCUGAAUGGAGAGCCGAACUCAUUAAUAUUAAAGUAAAGUCUCCAGCUCGCCAAACAGGGUAGAUUUUUUACCUGUUUGGCAAGCCCGGCUGGCCGAACAGGGUGGCUUUUUAGUGCUGUUUGGCAAACGGCUCUCCAAACAGGACAAAAAAGAUGCCUGUUCGGCGAGCGGCUUGCCAAAUAGACCCGACCUAUUUUUUAAUAGCCGUUAACAAGGAAUAGCACAAUUAGAAAACCGUUAAAUGACAUUCAACGUUCAAUUACUGGUUAAAGCAAAGCGUUAAAUAGCUUUUAACGAAACUAAAUGCUGUUCAACAGGAAUGCAAUUCAAGUUCAAUGGGAAAGAAAUAUCGUUGAACAGGAAUUGGGUAAUUGUGACCGCAUUUCCAAAACAGGCGAACUUCUUCUCUGGUAUUAUAUUCUCUACCCGACUAAUGGUGAAAACUUAAUUUUAAAAGUUUCAAAAAUAGUACACAGCAGCAUAUCUGCAUGUAUUGUAAUGCUGACAUAAUGAUAUGUUCGAAUUAGAUACGAAAUACGAUAUGAUAACCCGAUGACAUGAUUACAGCCCAGUCCUUCUGUUUCCUCUGUUUCGACCUGGUCGUUUGUUAUUGAUGUUUUUGUAGACCCAGUACACCAAUUUUCCUUUAGA